AUGGUCGUGUGCCUGCAGGACACGGAUGCGCCUUGGACUGAGAGGGGUAGAUCUAACGAUCUAGUAAGGCGGCCAAGGGCAUUGGCGCGAAGAACAAGUAGAGAGCGCAGGCCGCGAUCGCGGAAGGUGAGAGCGGAGGUUGUGAUUUCGUUGCUGUCCAUUUCCAAGAUGCAGCUCAAGAACAUCCUCCCAGCGGGGGCGUUGCUUGCUGGCCAUGUUGCGGCGGAGGUCACUGCCAACCCGACCUCCACUUACUACCGCCCAGGCGUACCGGUAGGAACUCCAGCACCAGGGAACUACACCAGCUACCUGAGACCGAGAGUUCAUUAUUCUCCGCCGAUCAACUUCAUGAAUGACCCCAAUGGCAUGCACAGAGGAGCAGACGGUACCUGGCAUUUGUACUAUCAAUACAACCCAGUGACUCCCGUCGCUGGCAACCAGCACUGGGGGCACGCCACUUCUAGGGAUCUGUACACUUGGGAGAAUCAGAAGAUUCCAUUCUUCCCACCAAACAACUACACGCAACGGGUUAUGCCUUCUGACACGCAGCAGAAUGUCUUCAGUGGAUCUGCGGUAGUCGACACGAACAACACAUCUGGCUUCUUCCCCGACCAAGACAAUGGUGUGGUGGCAAUCUAUACACUCGCAGAAUACCCGGGCGGCGUACAAGGAGUGCAGUACCAGGCGAUCGCAUACAGCAGAGACGAUGGCUACACCUUCGAAGCCUACGAAGGCAACCCAGUCUUUGAUUUGAAUUCGACACAGUUCAGAGACCCAUACGUCGUCUGGGACGCAGCGCACGAGCAAUGGGUGAUGACUAUUGCCUUUGCCGCAGAGUUCACAAUCGGCGUAUACACCUCGAGCAACCUGAAAGAGUGGACACACGCCUCGAACUUCACGAAGCACGGAUACCUUGGUGUGCAGUACGAAUGCCCGAACAUGCUCCAGAUGCCCAUGGAAGGUCAAGACGAGCCAGUCUGGGUCCUGAUUCUGUCCCUGAACCCAGGAGGUCCGCGUGGCGGCAGCGUAACGCAAUACUUCGCAGGAGAUUUCAACGGCACCCAUUUCACUCCGUACGACUCCGGCACCCGUCUCACAGAUUUCGGUAAGGACAACUACGCCGCCCAGUUCUUCAACGGCAUCCCCCGAAACGAGUCUCAAGUCGCCCUCGGCUGGGCCUCAAACUGGCAAUACACUCAGAUCGUCCCCACCGGUCUCCUCGAGAACGGUCAAUACCGCAGCGCCCUGACUCUCCCACGUUCCCACCACCUCGCCAAUAUUUCCGCACGAGGCUACGACCUCAUAUCCGAAGUUCACAACAUCAGCGCCAUCCUUGACCAGGAACUCGCCUACGAGAGCAACCUUGGCAAUGGCACCGUCCUUGCUGACUUCGCCAAUGUCGAAUCCGGGGCAAUCUACUUCGAAGCCAACCUCACAGGCCUCACAGUUUCUACCCUCCGCGGCGUUGCAAACUUCACCAUCUCUUCCUCCAUCUCAGGCGAAUACAUCCGCGGCGGCAUCAACGCAGCCGGCGGUCCAGGAAUCUGGGUAGACCACAGCAACAUCCGCGGUUUCGACAACCCUUACUUCAACGACAAGUUCUCCGAGGAAGGACUCUUCACGCCCGCCAUGGUGCCGGAAUCUGGCCUCGCCGCUUCGAACUCGAGCUUCAACUUGGGUGUCGUUGUGGAUCGGAGUAUUUUGGAGGUGUACUUGAAUGGUGGACAGGUUGCGGGGACGUUUAGCUUUUUCCCGACUGCGGCGUUGGACACGGUGGCGAUUCGGUUUGGGAAUGUACCGGAGAGUGCGACGAGUGCGGCGAGUGUGUGGGCAUUGAGGGAUACAUGGGCGGAGCAGGCGAAUGCUAAUGGGACUGUUGUGGGGAAUGUUACGGAGACACUGGGGAGUAUGAAGUUACUUUAG